CAGCUGUUGUGCCCUCUUCUAAAGGGAACAUGAGAUUUGCUCAGCAAGACAAUCAGAAAUUCUAAAGGUUUUCCUUCAGUGACAUGAAAUCUUGAAGUGCAGACCAAAUAAUAAAAUGGGAGCAACUAGCAGCAGCGUCAAUGAGCUUCCGGAAAACGAAUACUUAAAAAAAUUGUCAGGACGAGAGAGAAUCUCUGAGAACGACCCAUUCUGGAAUCAACUGCUCUCUUUUAGCUUUAAUACCCCGACAAACAGUGCCGAGUUAAAGCUUUUGGAAGAAGCUGCUGUCUCGGUCUGCAAGUCUUUAGUGGAGAAUAAUCCUCGAACAGGAAAUCUAACAGCACUGAUAAAAGUCUUCCUUUCUAGAACCAAAGAGUUAAAAAUUUCAGCAGAAUGUCAAAACCACCUCUUUAUCUGGCAGACUCACAAUGCACUGUUCAUUAUUUGCUGCUUGCUCAAAGUGUUGAUCUGUCAAAUGUCAGAAGAGGAGUUGCAAGUUCAUUUCACCUACGAGGAAAAAACACCAGGUUCUUAUGGAUCAGAAUGUGAAGACCUUAUGGAAGAGUUAUUGUGCUGCCUCAUUCAGCUAAUCGUUGAGAUUCCUCUUUUAGACAUAACAUACAGCAUUUCUCUAGAAGCUGUGACGACUUUUGUUGUUUUCCUCUCUUGCCAACUGUUCCACAAGGAAAUUCUGCGGGAAAGCAUCAUUCAUAAAUACCUCAUGCGUGGUCGAUGUCUCCCGUAUACCAGCAGACUUGUGAAAACAUUGCUAUAUAACUUCAUCAGACAAGAGAGAAGUCCUCCCCCAGGGACACAUGUCUUUCAGCCAGAGUCAGACGGAGGAGGACUGCUUUAUGGAAUUGCAUCGGGAGUAGCAACUGGCCUAUGGACAGUGUUCACGUUGGGAGGCGUGGGCAGCAAGCGUGCUCCUCAGCAGGAGGAGUCUUCACCUCUAGCGAAUCAAAGUCUUCUGUUGCUACUUGUGCUAGCAAAUCUGACUGAUGCACCAGAUACACCAAACCCUUAUAGACAAGCUAUUAUGUCCUUCAAGAAUACACAAGAUAGCACUGCUCUUCCUUCACCAAAUCCUCACACUUUCCAGAUUAAUUUUAACAGUUUAUACACCACUUUGUGUGAGCAGCAAAACUCUGAUCAAGCAACCCUUCUUUUGUACAUCCUUCUGCAUCAGAACAGCAAUGUUCGAACAUAUAUGUUGGCUCGAACAGAUAUGGAAAAUCUGGUUUUGCCAAUUCUUGAGAUCCUUUAUCAUGUCGAAGAAAGGAACUCUCACCAUGUUUACAUGGCUCUGAUAAUUUUGUUAAUCCUUACUGAAGAUGAUGGCUUCAAUCGAUCCAUUCAUGAAGUGAUAUUGAAAAAUAUUACUUGGUACUCAGAACGUGUAUUAACAGAAAUUUCCCUGGGGAGUCUCCUGAUACUAGUAGUAAUAAGGACUAUUCAGUACAACAUGACACGAACAAGGGACAAAUACCUUCAUACAAAUUGUUUGGCAGCUUUAGCUAAUAUGUCAGCACAGUUCCGCUCACUUCAUCAGUAUGCCGCUCAGAGGAUCAUCAGUUACACCUGCCGCCACUUGCGGAGAUAUGUAUAUGUCUUGGACAAACUGUAUUUUCCCCACUCCCACUGCUCUACGCUGCAGCAUUGCUUCUCGAGCCUCAGUGACAAUGGAGAGGAGCUGCUGUCUUUAACUUGUUCUCACAUUCUCAGAUCUUAUGCUUCCAGUUUGUUUUCAUUGUUGUCAAAAAAGCACAACAAGGUUUUGGAGCAAGCCACACAAUCCUUGAGAAGUUCCCUUUCUUCAGAUGGCUCUCCGCUUCCGGAUUAUGCACAGGACCUGAAUGUGAUUGAAGAAGUCAUUCGAAUGAUGUUAGAGAUAAUCAACUCUUGCUUGACAAACUCCCUACAUCAUAACCCUAACUUAGUAUAUGCACUGCUUUAUAAGCGCGAUCUCUUUGAGCAAUUUCGAACUCACCCCUCUUUCCAGGAUGUAAUGCAGAAUAUAGAUCUGGUGAUCAGCUUUUUUAGCUCCAGAAUUGAGCAGGCUGGGGCUGAGCUGUCUGUAGAGAGAGUUCUGGAAAUCAUCAAGCAAGGAGCUGUUGCUCUGCCCAAAGACAGGCUCAGGAAAUUUCCAGAGCUGAAGUUUAAAUACGUGGAAGAGGAGCAACCUGAGGAGUUCUUCAUCCCUUACGUCUGGUCCCUCGUGUACAAUUCGGCUGUGGCACUUUACUGGAGCCCACAAGACAUCCAGCUCUUUACUAUGGAUUCUGGCUGAAGGGGAGGCAUACACAUGACCCACCCACCCCCUCCCAGAAUGCAUCCCUUCAACCUAUGAAACAGGAAGUUUGUUACUAAUGUACAGCCCCACUGCCAUUUUCAGGGGGCAUAUUAGGAGCCAGAAUAAUAGGGGAACUCUCACAAGAUUGUAUGCUUUUAUUUAUAUAUUUGUAAAAAAACAAAACAAAAAAACAACUCAAGAGAUUUUUUUUCCAGCGGCUCUGAGCUUGGGGGUUGAUAAAGUAAGAUGUUAACAGUGAGCAGCUUUUUAAAAACUUAGAACAAAAAUGUAAAAUGGGAAAGUGGGGGGGGGGAGUAUUUUGAUUUUAGAAGUCAGCAUUUGCAAGCUGGUUUCCUUCAAGCUUUCUGGUUGUGCUUCACUUUUUAUUGUUAUUACCUUUUUGUUGUUGCUAUGGGCUUCUCAUUUGAUCAUCAGAACAAUCUCCCCCCCCCCCUUUAAUGUUGUAUAGAACUGAAACGUCUGACUGAUGCAAUUUAAAAAUAUUACAGCAUUAAUGCUAUUUCAUAUUGAGGCAGGAAGGAUAAAUCCUUGAUUUUGAUAAGGUUAACCCCUACAAUGAGGGAGGAUUUUCAACGUGAUUUUGACAAGGCACUAAAAGUUGUCUUUCUGGCUACUAAUACUUAAUGAAAGUUUAACAGAAUUAAGAGCAGCCCACAAGGAGCGCUGUCUGCAAAAAAAUAAAUUUUAAAAAAGGAUCCAUCUCAAUAAGGGUUGUGCAGGUGAUUCUCCCACUGGAUCAUGCCCAUUCAUUUCCGGAGUUUUGGUGUUGUAUUUCACACAUUUGCAUGGACUCCUUGGAAGGGUGCAGGAAAGUGAUCAAAAUUCAGCAGAACAGAGGUGUGCCUACUGUACUUCCAGGUUUUUGCCAGAGAUAAUGCAGUUAUGCAUACAUCUCUGAAUGUUUAAAAAGAAUGUCUUAUAAUACUGUAUACUUUUUCAUUAUCCCUGGUUUAAAGGGAAGUGGCAAAUACUGUGUUUGCCAGCAAAUGGGGGAGAAUAGAGGGAAAUGUUUAAUGUAAACUUUUCACAUGGAAUGUGGGCUUGUGGUGAUUACCUUCAAAUGCACAGAAUGGCAUGCCAGGCUUCAGAGAAAAAGGAACUGAUGACAUACAUUAGUAUAUUACCUUGCCCAGCAUGGUAAAUGUGGCACACUUUAUUAUGUAUUGGAGGGAGAUGGUGACACACUUCUUUUUUAUGUGGAAUGUUUUGCUCUUUAAAAAAAAAGAAAAAAACCUCCUGACAAAUGUUAGAAUCGUGUGUCCUUCCACCUUAAGCAAGGUCCUGUAUGGCAUUCUGCACAAAUGGAACUUAAAAUCCUUGUCAUAUUUAUUUAAAAUUGCAGAUGUAGAGAGACAUGCGUAGCAUAUGAGUUCAUAGGACUUUGCACACACACAGAUUUGGGGAAGAGGCAAUAUGAAGACUGAAUUAUCCACGUUUUCAGUGUAACAUGAAGAAAAUUGGAAGGUGACUAAAAUAGGAGUAAAUAGGAUUUGAUGCUAUGCUUGGGCUUGCUUUGUUUUUGAAAUCUUAGUUAAAGGAAGGUGAAUUCUUUGUAAUGUUUUUUGCAACCUUUAAAUAAAGGACUGUUGACUGCACGACUGCGCAUCUUGGGAAAAGUCAAUGUUUUAAAAGUGUUCUUCUAAGUUAACAAAUUCUGAGGAUUGCCUGGAACAGCUGGAUUAAACUAUAGUGAGAAAUCUAAUGCUGAAAGUCGUUGAACGCUCUUAAUUUUUCUGGCUUCGUCGCUUUUUGAAAGUAGUCAGGAAAUCCUCGCCAUUACAUCCCGAGCAGGACCUGCUGGCUGCCUAGGUCUUCAGUUUGGGAGGGAAUCAAUCAUAUAACCAAAUUACAAGGGUUUCCUUUGUGUUGUCCGCAAGGGCCAAGAAAGCAAGUUAUUGCAGUUCAGGCUGUCCCAUCCUGAUGACACUGAGCUGCUGAAUGUCACAAGACAAGAAGCAUUUUUACUCUUGAGCUUUCUUUUCAGAUUUUAAAUAUGGGUCAGCAAGCCUAGAACUGGAGGAGCUAUGAUUCAUUGCUGAAACAGCAGAAUAGGCCCAAGACAGGAGAUGGUUUUAUACUGAACUUAAUCCUUGUGUGGUUGACUCUUUUAGGCACUAUGAAGGUCUAUUGAUGUCCUGGAGACUGCAGUCUGGUACAUCCAUCAAUACUCCUUUGUGUCCUCCAGAUCUAUAAACUACCAUCUUUGGAAAUCCUUUUCAGUACUUUGUGUGGAAAAGUUACCAUGUAGUAAUAAAAAGGAUGGAAAAGCACCAUG